UUUCUCCACUGAGACAACAGACAGACAGACGCACUCUCUCUCGCCGCCCUAAUCCCUCCUCCUUUUGUCGAUUUUUUGAACAAUCAAACCGCCCCACUCCGCUGAUUUCUUCCUCCCCAGCAAAAGGAUUACGGCGUGUGCUCAUCUUCUUCCUCCAGCUCUGCUGUGUUCCCACUUCCCAGACCCCGGACCCGGAGCCAGAGGAGGAGGGAGCCGCAGCAAGCAGAGCCUUUCCCCGCUCGCGGCCGCAGCGCAUCGGCUGAAACAAACAAUGGAGUGAAGGAAGGAUGCACUGUGCCUGUGCCUGGGCUGGGAUGAGGAUCCGGUCGGUUUCCAUCCCUUGAUGCUCAAGAUCGACGGACAAGCAGCAGCUCAGGUUUCCUAGCUGCUUCUCUUCUCUGCUUUGCUUGCCUCCGUGGGAGUGAGGUCUCGAGGGAACCCCAUGGCGUCCGCCGCCGCUCUUCUCCUCCAGUUCCAGCUGCUGCUGCUCCUCGCACUCUCCGCUGCUCAGCCUGGUUUCAUCAGCUUGGAUUGUGGGGGAGCUGAUGAUUACACAGAUGGCAUUGGCAUCCAGUGGACUUCUGAUGCCAAGCUGGUCUUCGGUGGGCAGACCACAAACCUGCCAGUCCAAAACCAGCUCCAGAAGCAAUAUUCAACUCUCAGGUAUUUUCCAGCAGACACCAGCAAGUACUGCUACACGAUGAAUGUCAGGACCAGGACAAGGUACCUCGUCAGAGCUAGCUUCCUCUACGGCAACUUCGACAACAGCAACGUAUACCCCAAGUUUGAUCUCUCCCUCGGGGCGACUCCCUGGUCCACGGUCAUAAUCGAUGAUGCCGACACGCCCGUGGUAGAGGAGGCGAUUAUCUUGGCUGCUGCCCCGACACUCAGUGUCUGCCUCUCCAAUGCCAGCACAGGACAGCCCUUUAUCUCUACGCUCGAGCUUCGCCAGUUUAACGGUUCACUCUACUAUACUGACUAUGAGGCACAGUUCUUCCUUGCACUGUCUGCAAGGAUAAAUUUUGGUGCUGACGGCAAUAAAUCAGUCAGGUACCCUGAUGAUCCAUUUGAUAGGAUAUGGGAAUCUGACUCUUUGAGGAGAGCGAAUUACCUUGUUGAUGUUGCUCCAGGGACUGAAAGAAUAUCGACCACAAAACCUGUAUUCGUCGGUACUGAACUAGAACCACCUGAAAAAGUCAUGCAAACAGCAGUGGUUGGCAAAAAUGGAUCCUUGAACUACCGGCUUGAUUUGGAAGGGUUCCCGGGAAAUGCAUGGGCAGUCUCAUAUUUUGCAGAAAUUGAAGAUUUGGCCCCAGAUGAAACUAGGAAAUUCAAGUUGGUGGUUCCUGGCAUGCCAUUAUUCAGUAAACCAACCGUUGACGUGGAGGAGAAUGCGCAGGGGAAAUAUCGUUUGUACCAACCAGGUUACGUAAAUGUGACACUUCCAUUUGUUUUCUCUUUUGAGUUCAAGAAGACAAAUGAUUCUUCAAAGGGACCUAUUUUGAAUGCUAUGGAAAUUUACAAACAUGUUCAGAUUACCAUGGGAUCUCAAGAUGCAAACACCAUGUCUAGCUUGGCCUCACGAUAUCCUCAAGCAGGUUGGGCGCAAGAGGGUGGUGAUCCAUGCUUACCAGUGUCAUGGACCUGGGUGCAAUGUAGUUCAGAAGCAGCACCCAGGGUUCUUUCGAUCACAUUGUCAGAGAAGAACAUCACCGGAAGUAUCCCUGAGGAGUUGACAAAGUUAUCGGCAUUGGUCGAGUUAAAACUCGAUGGUAACUUAUUUUCUGGUGGAAUCCCUGAUUUUAGUGGAUGCAGAAAUCUACAGUAUAUCCACCUUGAAAACAAUCAGUUAAAUGGUGCACUGCCAUCCUCUUUGGGAGAACUACCUAACCUCAAAGAGUUGUAUAUUCAGGACAAUAGGCUUUCCGGACAUAUUCCAAGGGCACUUUCCAAGAAGAGCAUUAUUUUCAACUGGUCAGGCAACAAUGGUCUUCAGGGGCCAAGUGAUAGUAUUAGCCAUGGCACCAUCAUAAUCAUCGUAUGUGCUGUGGUCGGGGCCAUCUUGUUACUUGCGGUUGCUAUUGGGUGCUGUUUGUGUACACACAAGAGAAAGAAAAAACCUUCACAUGAAACUGUUGUUCUUGCAGCACCAGCGAAAAAGCUAGGGUCAUAUUUCAGUGAAGUAGCUACAGAAACAGCGCACAGAUUUGCUUUAUCAGAAAUUGAAGAUGCUACUGAUAAAUUUGAGAGGAGGAUUGGCUCUGGAGGGUUUGGCAUAGUAUACUACGGAAAACUGGCAGAUGGGAGAGAGAUCGCAGUCAAGCUUCUCACAAAUGACUCAUAUCAGGGCAUCCGAGAAUUCUUGAAUGAGGUGGCGUUGCUUUCGAGAAUACAUCAUAGGAACUUGGUAACCUUCCUUGGUUACAGUCAGCAAGACGGGAAGAACAUACUUGUGUAUGAGUUCAUGCACAAUGGAACACUAAAAGAGCACCUUCGUGGAGGACCUAAUGAUGUGAAAAUAACUAGCUGGGUUAAGCGCCUUGAGAUAGCAGAAGAUGCUGCGAAAGGUAUAGAGUACCUCCACACGGGAUGCUCCCCAACCAUAAUUCACAGAGACGUUAAGAGUAGUAACAUUUUACUUGACAAGAACAUGAGGGCAAAAGUGGCAGACUUUGGCCUAUCAAAACCUGCGGUCGAUGGGUCUCAUGUAUCAAGCAUAGUUCGUGGAACGGUUGGGUAUCUUGAUCCAGAGUACUACAUCUCUCAGCAGCUAACCGAGAAGAGCGACAUCUACAGUUUUGGUGUCAUUUUACUUGAGCUAAUCUCUGGCCACGAGCCAAUCUCUAGUGAUAACUUUGGGCUCAACUGCCGUAACAUUGUGGCAUGGGCUAGGUCACACAUCGAGAGUGGGAACAUCGACGCCAUCAUUGACGCAUCGCUAAAUAGCGGCUACGACCUGCAGUCGGUGUGGAAGAUCGCAGAGGUGGGCAUCAUGUGUGUCAAGCCAAAGGGUGCGCAGAGGCCAACCAUCUCCGAGGUGCUCAAGGAGAUCCAGGACGCCAUCGCCAUCGAGGUGCAGCGGGAGGCGCCCCAAGUCCAGCAACUCAUGUCCAAGAGGUCCAUGGGUUCUGUCUCAAUCAACACGGACAACAGCGCCGAUUUGGAGCAGAACGCGUCGUUUGAUGAAAUGCUCAUGCGGCCGGGCCUCAGGUAGAACCAGGAUUCAUUAGAGACGCUUUUCAUGUAAGCAAGGAGAAGGAGAUGCUCAUGUGUUAGUUAGUCUUUCUGUUUCCUGGUGAUGAUUUGAAAGCUGUGAAUUACACUAGCUCUAGCUUAUGUCCAAAUUGGGGAUUUGAUGGUGAAAGAAUGGUGAUCUGGAA